AUGGGCCCCAGUGGAUUUGGCCUGUCUGCUCCAGCCUCUCUUAGGGUUUUCCAGCCAUUCUUUGUGGAUCUCACCCUCCCAUACUCUGUAGUGAGAGGAGAAACUUUUAUCCUUAAAGCCACCGUGUUCAACUAUUUGAAGCAAUGUAUAAAGAUACAAACCACCCUUCUACCUUCUCAAGAAUUACAGCAGAGGACACAUGUAGACAGUCCAUAUACCAGCUGUCUUUGUGCAGAGGAGAGUAAAACCUUCAAAUGGAACAUGAAAGCCACAAAACUGGGAUUGGUAAAUGUCACAGUGAGGACAGAAGCUAUAAACUCAUUUGAAUUGUGUCAAAAUGAGAUUCCGGUUGUUCCCAGCCAAGGCAGUUCUGAUACGAUUAUUAAGCCAUUACUCAUACAGCCUGGGGGUGUACUGGAAGAAAAGUCUCACAGCUCACUUAUUUGUAUCCAAGAUGGAGAAGGUGAUUCAAAAACAGAGAAACACUCUUUAAAGAUUCCAAGGAACAUUCUGAACGAGUCUGAAAGAGCUUAUAUUUCUGUACUGGGAGACUUGAUGGGUACAGCCAUGCAGAACCUAGACCACCUUCUAGCCAUGCCAUAUGGGUGUGGAGAGCAGAACAUGCUCCUUUUUGCCCCAAACAUCUUCAUUCUACAGUAUCUGGAGAAGACCCAUCAGCUAACUGAUGAGAUAAAGAAAAAAGCCACCAACUUCCUGGACAGCGGGCAUCAGCGACAGCUCACAUAUAAGCGUGAUGAUGGCUCAUACAGUGCAUUUGGAAAGCGAGACCCUAAGGGUAACACAUGGUUGACUGCCUUUGUUGUUAAAUCCUUCAGCAAAGCUCAGCCGUAUAUUUUCAUAAAGAAAAGUCAAAUGAGUGACUCUUUCAAUUGGCUCAAAAGCCAUCAGCAUCAAAGCGGCUGUUUCAACAAUGUGGGAAAACUUUUUAAUAAUGCCAUGAAGGGAGGUGUGGAAGAUGACAUCUCUCUCUCAGCCUAUGUAACAAUGUCUUUGGUGGAGUCUGGUUUGUCUGUUGAGGAUACACUGGUGAAGGACGCAGUGUCUUGUCUGCAGAAGGCUGCUGGGAAUGUGAACAAUGUAUACACCCUGGCUCUGCUCGCCUACACCUUUACCCUGUGCCAAGAGACAGAGCUCAGGAAAGCUGCACUGGACAAAUUGGAACAGAAAGCCAUACGUAGAGAUGGACAGUUAUACUGGCAGCGGGCACCUACACCGCCAUCUAAUGUGCCUAACUGGUACCGAGCUUCAUCUUUUGAGGUUGAGAUGACUGCUUAUGUGCUCCUGGCUCUGCUCUCUGGACCUAAACAAGACUUGGGUAAAUCUUCAGAGAUCGUAAGAUGGUUGACCAAACAGCAAAACUCUUAUGGUGGAUUCUCUUCCACACAGGACACAGUUGUGGCUCUUCAGGCCCUGGCCAAGUAUGCAGAGGCCACGUACAGUGACAAAGGAGAUAUGACAGUGACAGUCAGUUCUAACACAGGAUUUCUGGCGAACUUCCAUGUAGAUAACAAAAACAGACUCCUCUUCCAGAGGGCAAUACUACCAACAAUCCCUGGAGAAUACACAGUGACCGCCACAGGAGGUGGUUGUGUCACUGUGCAGACAGUCCUAAGAUAUAACAUCCCUGUAGUAAGAAAUGAGACCACCUUUGCUGUCACGGUGGAAGUCACACCAGAACAUUGUGUAGAAGAUCCAGUGAAAGAGCUUAGACUCAAUAUAUAAUGCUCAGUACACAGGUUCCCGGGAGAUAUCCAAUAUGAUUAUCAUAGAGGUGAAGAUGUUGUCUGGAUACAUCCCAGUUAAGAGCUCAGUAAGACAGCUGGAGAAUGACAAAGUAAUAAAGAGGAGUGAAAUCAGCACCGAUCUGGUGAUCCUGUAUCUGAAUGAGCUGAACCACAGUCCCGUACAUAUCUCCUUUCUGGUAGAACAGGACAUUGAAGUGAAAGGCCUGAAACCGGCCACUGUGAAAGUGUAUGACUAUUAUGAGACAGAUGAAGAGGCUGUUGCAACCUACAAAUCUCCCUGCAGCUCUGGUAUUAAGCAAACAAAAAAUAAAUAA